GUGAAACUCGUUCUCCUCCAAUAUGAUUGGUUGAAGUGGUAGAAUGCCGCGAAAACUUGAAAUUGUAUGCAAAAGAUCGAUGGAAUAAGGUGUUAGGUAUUCACAUCCCACACUGCAUGAACGAUAUAUCUCUUAGUAUUUUUGUAAUCUUUAACUAGAUUUCAUUUACGACUUCUCUUGAGAGUAAAAUGCUUGCCCUUGCCACUAAGAAGUAUAUAAAUAAGAAAAACAUUCAAGAAAUCAACACGAAAGUGAAACGGACCAACAUCAAGGAUACAGACGACAAUGUGGAGAACAAACUACGUCAUCAGGAAGAACCACUGCUUCGUGAGAACCCAAGAAGAUUUGUCACAUUUCCAAUUCAAUAUCAUGAUAUGUGGAAAAUGUAUAAGAAAGCUGAAGCAUCCUUUUGGACUGCGGAGGAAGUUGAUUUGUCACGUGAUCUCGUCCACUGGAGGAGUUUGAAGCCAGAGGAAAGGCAUUUCAUCUCACACAUUUUGGCAUUUUUCGCUGCCAGUGAUGGCAUUGUGAACGAAAACCUGGUCGAGUGCUUCAUGCAAGAAGUACAGGUUACAGAAGCUCGAUGUUUUUACGGCUUUCAAAUAGCAAUGGAGAACAUUCAUUCUGAAAUGUACAGCCUGUUGAUAGACACCUACAUCAAAGAACCAAGUGAACGAGAAAGGUUAUUUAAUGCUAUUGAACAUUUACCAUGUGUGAAAAAGAAGGCAGACUGGGCACUUGAUUGGAUCAAUCCCGAUAAGGCUUCUUUUGGUGAACGAAUCGUGGCAUUUGCUGCUGUCGAAGGAAUAUUUUUCUCUGGAUCUUUUGCUUCGAUUUUCUGGUUGAAAAAACGAAAUUUGAUGCCUGGUCUUACGUUUUCAAACGAACUUAUAAGUCGAGACGAGGGACUUCAUUGUGAUUUUGCUUGCUUGAUGUACCAUCAUUUAAAAGACAAGCCGUCAGCGGAACGAGUGAGAAAGAUCAUUGAAGACGCGGUGAAAAUCGAACAAGAAUUUCUUACCGACGCGUUGCCUGUUAGAUUGAUAGGAAUGAAUGAAGAACUUAUGAAAACCUACAUCGAGUUUGUGGCUGACAGACUUCUUGUCGCUCUAGGCUACUCAAAGAUAUACAGAUCGGAGAAUCCGUUUGACUUCAUGGAGCUUAUAUCGCUCACAGGGAAAACGAACUUUUUCGAAAAACGAGUCGGUGAAUACCAGAAGAGUAACGUGAUGGCAAGCACACAGCAAACAGCAACGCAUAAACUUGAGUUCGAUUUAAAUUUUUAAACUGUUGCCUGAAGGAAAGGGUAGUUAAGUCGUUAAGUGACGAUUUCUUGUCAAGAAAAGCUUUACACGUCCCACGAAAAGAAAUUCUUUCAACUUUGAAAACUGAGGAUUUUCUUCCAGUCGGCAGUUUUUGUAAAUAUUUCGUAGCUGACUUCAGCAUUUUUUUAUAGACUUUUGUAAAUAAAAAUAUUUUUUAACGUACAUCUCACGUGCUUUUCGAAAUACAUUAUUUCUUUUUGUGUA